AUGUCUUUAAAAUUACAUCGUUGGUAUGAAGAAAAAAAAAAAUUUUUUAUGACCGCCACUAUUGCUUCAUCUCCAAUGUCGUCUGGUUGUCAGAAUAUUUCAAUCAGAACAUAUUCUGAUGAAUGCCAUAUGAAGGAUGUCAAUGUCAAUGAACUUAAACAGGAAGAGUUAAGUGAGGAUGACAUUCCUUGGAGUCAACGUGUUGUCAAGGAGGAACGAAAGGGUGAAAAUAAAAAACCUAAAGAAUCAAAGAAAAAAAGAAAGAAGGAUUCUGAUGAGGAGGAUGAAUAUAUUCCAGAGAAAAAAAAUAAAAAGGAAAAGAAAGUUAAGGAAGAAGUUGUAACACCUGUAAAAGAAAAAAAAUCUAAAAAAAAAGAGAAGACAGAGGUUAAAGAUGAAAAAGAGACACCAAAAAAGAGAAGAAAAGUUAAACAAGAGGAGGAAGAAGAAGUUUGGAAAUGGUGGCAGGAAGAAAAAAAACCUGAAGGAGUAAAAUGGAAUACUUUACAUCAUAAUGGGCCUAUGUUUGCUCCACCCUAUGAAAGGCUUCCAGAUAAUGUUGUAUUUAAGUAUAAUGGAAAAGUUAUGAAAUUGUCAGAUGAAACUGAGGAAGUAGCAACAUUUUAUGCUCGUAUGAUUGGACAUGAAUACACUGAAAAAGAGGCGUUUAAUACAAAUUUUAUGAAUGAUUGGCAAUCUGUGAUGACUGAAAAGGAGAAAAAAAUUAUUACAAAUUUAGACAAAUGUGAUUUUUCUAGUAUUACAAAGCAUUUUCAAGAAUUAACUGAAGCUCGUAAGGCUAUGACAAAAGAAGAAAAACAAGUUAUAAAAAAUCAAAAAGAAGAAGAAGUUAAGAAGUAUGGUUUUGCUUAUAUUGAUGGUCAUAAACAAAAAAUUGGUAAUUUUCGUAUUGAACCACCAGGUUUAUUCCGUGGACGUGGAGGUCAUCCAAAGAUGGGGAAGCUUAAAAGACGUGUAAUGCCUGAAGAUGUCAUAAUAAAUUGUUCCAAAGAUAAAAUUCCUGAUCCACCAGAAGGGCAUAGAUGGAAGGAGGUUAGACAUGAUAAUACUGUAGCAUGGUUAGUUUGUUGGAAUGAAAAUAUUCUUGGUAAUAAUAAAUAUAUUAUGCUUAAUCCAUCCUCCAAACUAAAAGGUGAAAAAGAUUAUGAAAAAUUUGAAACAGCUAGAAGAUUAAAGACAAAAAUUGAUGAAAUUAGAAAAGUUUAUCGUGCUGAUUGGAAAUCCAAAGAAAUGAGAAUCAGACAAAGAGCCGUUGCAUUGUAUUUUAUUGACAAAUUAGCUCUUAGAGCUGGUAAUGAAAAGGACGUUGAUGAAGCAGCUGAUACUGUUGGUUGUUGUUCUUUACGUUGUGAACAUAUCAAACUUCAUGAUGAAUUAGAUGGUAAACAAUAUGUUGUUGAAUUUGACUUUCUUGGUAAAGAUAGUAUCAGAUAUUUCAAUCAAGUUCCAGUUGAGAAAACUGUUUAUAAAAAUUUAAAAAUUUUUAUGGAAAAUAAAGAUCCAAGUGAUGAUCUUUUUGAUAGACUUGACACUACAACACUUAAUUCUCAUCUUCAAACGUUGAUGCCAGGAUUGACAGUAAAAGUAUUCCGUACAUACAAUGCUUCAUUUACUCUUCAAGAUCAACUUAUGAAAUUAUCAAAUAAAAAAGAUACAAUCCCAGAUAAAUUAUUAUCAUAUAAUCGAGCAAACAGACAAGUCGCCAUUUUGUGUAACCAUCAACGUGCUGUUCCAAAAACUCAUGAAAAAAGUAUGGAAAAUUUAGCAGCAAAGAUAAAAGAAAAAAAAUCAGAAUUAAAAAAAGCCAAAACAGCUUUAUCAGAAGCAUCAGAUAAAGAAAAGGAAAAAUUAAAAAAAAAAGUUGAAAGAGUGAAAGAACAAUUGAGGAAAUUAAAAAUCCAAAGAACGGAUAAGGAUGAAAAUAAACAAAUAGCACUUUCAACAUCUAAAUUAAAUUACCUUGAUCCUCGAAUUACUGUUGCUUGGUGUAAAAAAAUGGAAGUACCGAUAGAAAAAGUUUUUAGCAGAACUCACCGUGAAAAGUUUCAGUGGGCCAUAGAUAUGGCAGAUGAAGAUUAUGAAUUUUAA